UGCGCAUUACUGGGAGCGACGGCCAAUGUUUUUGUGGAAAUGAAUUUCACGAUGCGAGGAGUGAUGUUGUUAAAAUCUUUGGAAAAAGUUACAUAGUAGUAAUGCUUAGAACACUUUCAUAUUUUAGAAGGAUACAGACAUUUAAAUAGGUAAUUUUUGUGUGCGUGCCGCGUAUUUUUAAAUGGUAAUUGAUAUAUCAAUACAAAAGAAAAAGUUUAAAAAAAAAUAAAAUAGCAUUGGCCCAUCAUCAGCAUCAUCAUCGGCGACUCGCCUUGGCCUCAGUCACGUCUCCUAAAUUAGGAACUGGGGGUCGGAAGGCAGGAGGCAAUAGACUCAAAUGUGUCAAGUGUUGUCGCCUCAACUGUUCCUUUUACUAUUGGAAGAUUGGUCCACUCCCUGAUUGUCUUUGGCAGGAUUGAGCAGUUCCUGUCGUGUAUCUUGCUGUUAUGAGCCGGAACUGACUAUCAAACUAUCAAUAUCAUAAACUAGUCCCUGUCUAAAAAAAAAGGGUGGGGGGUGUGUGUGAGGGACAAUAUCCUGUUUGAUGCUGGAGUAGUAGACCAGCCCAUUUUUUUUCCUGUACAUCAUGGAGAGCCUAGAUACUCAUCACCAUUCUUCCAGUGGUGACCAGCCCUGUGUUUCUAGCAUGCUGCAAAAACACUUGAGAUGUUCCUGUAGACACUGUAGUGGUUCAGGUCAAAGGGUGCUGCCUGUUGCUGAUUCAUUAUGAUAAUCAUGAUAUUAACCCUUUUGAGAAGAAGCUUUUUUUUGGAGUUUCUGAGUCUGUGCCGAAAGGACGGAGCACUUUUUAAAAACUCGGCACUCCUAUUGCAAAGAAAUGGUAUGAAAAAUAAACUAUUCGGCACUCGUAUUGCAAAAAAAUGUAUGAAAAAUAAACUAUUUCCUUUCCAUUCCAUAUAAAAAAUUAUCUAUAGGUCUAAUAUAUUACGUACUUUGAUAAAAAAAAAAUUGACUUAAAUAUUAUAGUGAUAUAGAGCAAUUUCAAAAUAAAAGAAAAUGAAACCAGAAUCAACUUUCUAGCUUUUGUACUUUUUGAGCUGUGAAUUUUUAAAGUACGAGUUCAUUUUUUUUUACACUACACACCACACCUCCACAUUUUGUGACCCCAUUCCACUGAUCGCGUUAUGCACAAUAACUUUUGUUUUAAGGAUAAUUUUAUACAAAUUUUAUUUUCAGAAUUAACGCUGUAUUAAAAAGUAAUUUUAAUAAUUUUGUACACUUAUAAAUAAAUUGUAACUAUGCACUAUGUAAAUCAGUAAAUUUAAUAUAAUAUAUUGCUUUUCUUUUUACCAAGUCUAUAACGUCCAUUUAAACCGGUAUACACAAUAUAGUCUAUAUAAGGCAACAUAUCCUUUUAUUACUGAAAUACUGUUUAGGGACUAGUUAAUUUGAACUUUCAACUUUGGCACAUGUCUAAUUAAUUAAAGCUUUCCUUGACCAUUGGUUUAAUAGUUUUUGCACACGGCAAACUUUUAUGAAUAAAACUCUGAGAUAGCACUUAGGUAUAGUCAUUAUGCAAGUGGCUGUGAAUGGUUGCCCAAUACAAUAAUUUGCACACUGCAAAAUCAAUAAUGAGAGUUGCAACACAAAAAUAAAUUUGUGAACACAACAAAAGCAAUUAAACAAUAAAUGGAGGCCACCAUUAAAAUGCCAAGAUGUGCCGGAGUAUGUAAGAAGCAAUCUGAUUAAUAGGCACGAAGACCAAUCAGCCAACAUCGAGGCUUGAAUUAUCGGGCCAAUAGAUCUGCCAUAUUACUUUUUCGCUACUCUACCCUGGGUUUAUAGAUGGGCCCAGCCGUCUCAAGAGGGUUAAGUGAAAUCAUCAACACCUUCUACUUUAAAAGAAGGUUUAGUUAAGCCUACAUUUCUACAAAUUAUUUUACUUUUUGGAUAAGGCAGGUUUUAUAAGGUCAUUAGUGGGUUUAAUGUUAUCUGUCAAUUACUAGAAAAAUUAAGAGCAGAGCAAACCUGUCCUUUAAUAACUAUAAUUAAUAGGAUAUUGUCCAUUAAAUAACAUGCUAUAGACUCAUACUAAUAGUUUCAAAUUUUUUUUUUAUUUAGUCUUAAAAGUUAUUUAUAUUUUGGUUUUUCUUCUGCUUCAGACUAAUUCAGAAGUUCAGCGUCUUAUUUCUUGGUUAAUUUUUUAACUUUUGAUUCAAAUUUUGUAAAUUUCCUAUUCAUUAUAUUCUUGACAUUAGGCCUAAUAUUACUAAGUUUAUUGAUUUUUUCAGAAGCUUAGGCCUAUAAUUCAUAAUUUAUUGUGUUGAAAUUUAAAAUUUAGGCCAAAAAGAUAUAAUUAUUGUUCAACAGAUGGUGAAUUAACUCCAUCAAGCAGGACUUACAAGACUUUUGUGGUAGAAACAAGUCAACAAUUACAGUCUUAGAGAGACACCUAAAUACCAUCACAGAUGACUGGACGCUCUCCCUUAGAUCGAAUGAAGACCAAGAACUUCUACAUGAUUUUGGUUCUAGUAGUUGUAUCCACAAUAUCUCUAUGGAUACUCUCUUCCCCUUCACCAAAUUUACAAACAAUUAUGAGUAAAACACAAUCUGGCAUCAGGCGGGCCUCUAGUAUACAGAUUAGAGGUUUGUAAAAGUUUGUUAAUAAUAAUAAAAGAGGCCUUCAAUAAUAACAUAGUAUAUUAUUUAGAGAAGGACAUAAUUUGAUAUGGUUAUUUUAAAAUUUUAUAUUCAAUAUAAUUUUGUUUAUGUGAUGGUUUAUGAAACAGAUCAAAUGUAACAAAUUAAUUUUUGUUAUUAUAAAUGUUUCUCAUGUGAGAGCAACAAAGCUAAAUUUUGUUCUUAUAUUUCCCAAAGCCUAUGUGACAGAGAAACUACUGUGGUUAUUGUGAAUAUAUAUUGGGCUUCAGUAUCUAAAAAUGUCCAGUUUUAAAUUUUUUGUUGUAGCUUAAAUAAUAAUUUGUACUGAAAAAUUUCUCUCUUAAUUUUAUUCCUAGUGUGGUGUAUAACACAUGCAAAAAUAUUGGUUUUGAAGACAAAAUGUUAAAAAAUAAUUGACCUUCUUUCAAACAGAAACUCUUUUGUAUGCAUAAAUAUUGGUUUUGAAGACAAAAUUAAAAAAAAAUAAUUGACCUACUUUCAAACAGAAAAUCUUUUAUAUUUUAUUAGAAAAAGAGCUGACUGUAGAUCCCAUGUACCUGAGACUGCUUGGCCUCGCCGCUGGUGGCAGUGUCACAAGUAAAGUGAGUAUUGAUGGCCUGGGAAAACAGAGUGUCAACACUGAGCCCGUACCUGAAAUACUUCCCACUCCUAAGACUAGUACAGGCCUGCCUGUUAUUGCUAGUGGUGUAAAGCCUGACUUGUUUAAGGAAGCUGCUGUAUUAAUGAAAUCUAUUCAGUCUCUGCUUCCUCAGUACACAUCUGUGAUGUAUGAUCUAGGCUUAUCAACAUCCGAGCAACUUAUGGUGAGUAAUUCAAGGUGUUGUGUGUUUUAAUUAGAAUGUUUUUCACACUUAUUUUAAGGGACAUGAACCAAAUUUCAAUAAUGAUUGGUGACCAUAUCAAUCUUUUCCUUAUCUCUUCGUGUACAAAGAGACUGCUUACAAGCACUUUCUUUGUUAAUAUCUGAAUAUCAUAUUAUUUAAUACGUUUCCAAAAUAUGUCUCAUUUAAAAAAAAAAAAAAAAAAAAAAAGGGGGGAGAAAUUGGCGAGUUAAAAGAAAAAAAAAAAAAAAAAUAAAAAAAAUAAAGAGACUGCUUACAAGCACUUUUUUUGUUAAUAUCUGAAUAUCAUAUUAUUUAAUACGUUUCCAAAAUAUGUCUCAUUAAAAAAAAAAAAAAAAAAAAUGGGGGUUGAAAUUGGCUAUUUAAAAGAAAAAGUAGUUUUAAUCUGUUACAAAAUAUGCAUCCUAUAUCGCUAAUAAAAGCAACUUGAUUUUGAUUUGAAGCUCAAAUCAUAUUAAUGGAAUCUGUCUUUGAAUGAAAAGUAUACAUAUAUAAAUAAAUGAGGUUAUUUAUUAACUUUUUGGCUUACAAUAAUCAGUUUUAGCAAUCAAAAUCAGUAUUUAUGGCCUUAAAUAAAAAAUUAAUGAGAUCUGAAAAAUCUCUUAAAAUUGUUACUAUUAUUAGUCUUGGUGGCAACCCUAUCCUAUUGUUGCAGUGACUAUGUACACAAAUUAAAUUUUGUUUGUUUGAAUCAUCUUUUGCAGCUCAAUAAAUAUUGUAACAGCAGCUGGAAUUGUGAGAUCAGAACGUUCAAGUUUGACAAGUAUCCUUCACACUUAAAGUAUUUGAACCUCCGUAGCUAUCGGCCUGUGUGCAUUCAGGUACUUAUAAAAAAAAACAACAACACUUGCUUGUUGUUAUUACUGAGUCAGCUUUUAAAGUCUGGAUAAUGGUUUCUGUUUUUCAAUAUGUGGAGAUAGUUAUGAAGUUACACUUAGCUCCGUCGUGAUGAAAGCAACUUGUCCUGUGCAUGGGCCUCUUGAGAGCAUCUUAGUUUUCAUAUUCAUUUUGAGAUUUAAAAAAAAGGUAUGCCUCUGUAUUAAAGAGUUGUUGAUCUGUGUUCAUUCAUUCAGGAGAUGCUCAAUACAUAUGGUGCUGUCAUUUGGGUGGAUGAUGGGUAUUACUUCACUGAAGGCAAUCUCACAACAGCGGUGGUGCCAGCCAAAGAAUCGGGGCUUCAGGGCUGGCCACUGAAGGACCCCACAUCAUCUUUCACACAUCUCAAGAUGUUCAAAUUUUUUAACACAGACCAGCACUCCUAUUUUUUCCAGGUAAACUACACUAUGCCUCUUUGCAUGUGCGAGGAAAAAUAUUUAUUAUAACAUUUAUAAAUGUUCAUGCUCUCACCCAAUAUACAGAAGGUCAGAUAAAAGAAUCCUUUUGUGAGACGCUGGAAAAGUUGAAGCAUGACAUGAUAUUAAAAUAGUGACUUUAAUGUCAAAAUAGGGGGGAAAAAAGUGUUUAUGUCGACUAUUCGCAUGGGGAGUCUACAUGAAGAAUCCAAUGACUAUGGGAUAUGACUUAUAGACUUUGCUUCAGGAAAAGGGAUGACCGUUAGCAGCACCGAUUUUCCACACAUAAAGUUACCUGGAAUUCAUCACAUGGAAUCACUCAAAAACCAAAUUGACCUUGUUCUAAUUGAUCAGAGGCAGGGAUCAGACAUAGUAGAUGUAAUAAGUUAUCAAGGAGCAAAUGCAGACUCUGACCAUCUCCUUGUAUAAAACAGGGAAAACAAACAUCAAUGAACAUUGGGAUAGGAUAAAAAAUGCUAUAAAAAAGAUCAGCAGAAAAAGUAGUGGGAUUUCAGCAGUAGAGUUGGCUGGUUUGAUAAUGAAUGCAGAGAGACUGUCGAAGAAAGGAACAAGGCACAAAUGAUCAUAUUACAAAGGAAAACAAGACAUGCGAGAAAAAUAUACAAAAUUAUAACUAAAUUUGUCUAGAAGAAAAAAUUCCAACAGAAAUACUUAUUAAAUGUUACCUACAAAUUAUUGAACAAUUAUUUGCCAAAAGAUUACAACCAUACACUUAACAAAUACUAGAUGACUACCAAUGUAGAUUAACAACUGAUCAGACAUUCACCAAAAGAUGCCUAUUAGAGAAAUGUUAUGAAUACAAUAUCCCAGUACAUCAACUCUAUGUGGACUAUAAAAUGGCCUAUGGCAGCAUCAAAAGAAAAUAUCUAUAUGAGACUCUGCAGGAGUUUGGCAUACCCAACAAACUGACAAGAAUAAUACAUGCAACAUUAAACAACUCAAACAAGCAGUAUCAAGGUUCAGAAGCAGUAUCAAGGUUCAGGGAAAAUAUUCAAAGGAAUUUCAGAUUAGACGAGACCUAAGACAAUGAGACUCACUGUCUUUUAUGGUAUUUAAGCUAACACUAGAGAGAGCUAUAUUGAAUCCUGAGGUAUAAUAACAUGAUAAGGGAAAUAUAAUGAUAUAAUUAGAAGACACAUCUUUACAAGCAGGGCUGGAGGUUAACAACCUAAAAACAAAAUACAUGAAUAAGAGAAGAACUGACAGAUGAAACCAUUAAAAUUAGAAACCACACAUUUGAAAAAGGAAAUCUAUUCAAAUACCUAGGAUCUUUAUUAAAUGAAAUAAAUAAAUUAGUAACAGAAAUAAAAGAAAAAAUAUCGACGGGAAGCAGGGCAUACUUCAAUAGUCAGGAAAUACUCAAAAGUAAAAACAGUACAAGAAAAAACAAAAAAAAAACAAAGAAAAUUAAACUGGUAUAUAAAACUGUAAUCAGACCAGUGAAACUUGGACUCUAACAAAACAGUUUGAAAACCUAUUAACAUGGGAGAGAAAAUGAAUAUGAAUGGAGAAUAUGACCUAACCAGGACUUGUAUUGUAGCAGAUAAUAAUAAAAAAAAGGGAACGCUAUGCUAAGUGGGUCAUUUAGAAAGAAUGACAGAGGAGUGAAGAGGGUGCACCACCAAAACCCCAGAGGAAAACAGCUCAAAGGCAGACCUAGGCUUAGAUGGAUGAAUGAUGUGGAAAAUUAUCUAAAGCAGCUGAGAAUCCAAGCAUGGAAAAGGAAAGCAUUACUUAGGUCUUAGGUCUGAGUGGAAGGGAGUGAUGAGGCAGGCCAAAGCCAUACAUGGGCUGUAGCGCCAGGGGGAUGGAUAGAAACUACACUACGAAUAAAUCAUUUAUUUUGUUGUAGUAUAUUGAGAGGUUAAAAUUUUUGUCAAAGACCGUUUAAAUGUUUUUUUUUAAAAGAGAUAGGUACAUUGAGCUUCUCCCUUGACAAUGGCUAUAUAUAAUUAUUCUGCAUUGCAUAUUUCAUCUAAAUAACUUAGGAAUGUAAGGGAAUUUAGUAUCUGAAAUCUCUAUUUCGAUAUUUACACUAAGUAAUUAUUUUUUUUUACAUCCCCCUCCCCCCCUCAUGUUUGACAGUAUUUAACAAUAUUGUUUUUUCUAUCUCUCUAGCAUGCCAUUGAGUCAUCCCACCUGAUCAUCUACAACACAGAGAGAAUAGCCAGAGACAUCAUGUUGCCUUGGGUGAAAUGUGCUCUUUUAGAAGAGUGCAUUAGUCCGCCUGGUGCCCAGGACUCUGGCUGCAACUACUUCCGCAAACCUUUAUUUAAGUACACAGGCUGCCACAAGUAUGACAUGUCAGCACUGAACAUUAUCCUAGGGAAGGCUUUCAAAUUUGAUGAAGCACCAUAUACCAGCACAGAAAAACUCUUUGGAAGCUUGAUAGAUGACCAGCUCCGAGCUGAAAAUAAAACCAGGCCAGAAUAUGAGAUUCGUCUGGCCAUGAGCCAACAGGUUAAAAUUUGAGUGACGGUCAUUCUGUGCAACAAUGUGAUUUAUUGACCAAAUUUUGUUACAAUAUAAGACAAUCAAAAUGGUGGCUGGUCAUCAGGACUAUUUAAUCAUUGGUAGUUGAUAAACCAAUGAAGUAUGUGUUCAGUAGUGACUUUUACAAAGGUGACCUGAUGUACAAUGAGUAAGUCCUUUUUCAUUGUCUCAUUCUGGUUAGUGUUAUAAUUUUAUUAAAAUGUUUAGCUCUUAUUAAUUAAAUUUUUCAAAAUAACUUGCCUAUAAAUCUAAAGAGCUUGAAAUUAUUUAUCGUUAUAAUCUGCCUGUCACAAAUCUGUUCGUUAAGACCACAUUAAUUAAUGUUUUAUUUUGGUAAAUCAUUGUUUGAUGAUAAAAAGUUCCAAGUUUGCUUUGUAUUAUCAGCUUGGGCGCCAAGCUCCAUUUUUACCCUAGAGCUUCUUAGGAAAUUUAAACUGUUAGGGUAUCGGCUUGUUUGCUUCAUUCUGCGCAAAGCUGUGGUUGUGAGCUUUGUUUUUAAAUAUUAUCUUGAAAGUGUUAUUUAUUUGUUUAUUAACUUAGUGUCACCAUAAAUAAUCCAAUUCCAAAUUAUUUUGUAGUAGGUAGCAUAUAUAUUUAUAAAAGAUAUGGUUUUUGAAUAGAGUAAAUGUUUGAUAACCCCGCUGUAAAAUGUGAGAAGCCGCUGAUCACAAUCUACUUUGCCUAAUAAUUGCUUCUUGUUUCAACAGCAAUAAAUAAAACCCGACUGCUUAAAAAAAAUAAAUCAGCUGGCGGAAGCCCACACUGUAUUCCUGAAGUGCAGGCCGUAGCAAAAAGAAAUUUCUUUAUAACAUUAGUGUUAAGAAUUGUUGUGAACAGCUGUGCUAAGCCUAGUUUGACUUUAAAUGCUGUGGGUCAUUACAAAAUGCUUGACAAAGAUUUCUGAACAUACACUGGCCUUAAAAUAUUAACAUUUUUCUGGUUUAUUUGAAUAAAAAGGAACAUAAUGAAACCAGGAGUGCACACAAGAUAGGUCUGAUUUUUGCAAAAUAUAAGAAAUAAUCUUUUAUUGUGCAUGUAAAAUAUUUUAUAAACGUGGUACACGUCAAGCUCAAACCAUGCCCUGCUGAUAUAACUGUUGCAUUGUUCAGCAGACACUUGAUAAUUACUAAGAACCACAUAUUUAAUAAUGCUCACUUUUUUUAAAGAAUUCCACAUUUGAGUGAAUGGGUGGAUCUUAUUUACUACCUCUAAUAAAGGAUUGUUUAAAGUACACCUUGUUAAGGUGUAAUCCAGACAUUUGUUGAAAACAUAGGUGACUUAAAUUUUAAAAAAAACCAAACAAUAUUUUUUGUUAUUCCAAUAAAAAGGAAAUUAUGAUAUGUGAAAUAGAGAUUGUAUUUUGAGUAAAUGAAGUUAUCAUUAUUAUUUUUUUGACAUCUUGCUCAAAGGGUCAACUUGACAUGUUUGUUAUUGUUUUAACAUGAAAUAUCAGCUUAGAAUCCUCAACUUGUUGUUACAUGGCGUAAUCCUGAAAUUUCUAUUGUGACAUUCGUUAAAAAAAGAAAAGGUGUUUUUCCUUAUUAUGGAUUGCUCUCCCUGUGCUAAUGAGCAAAUUCUAGUCAUUUUUAUUAAUGUCAUGUGUUGGUGUGCAAGGUAUUGUAGUGAUGUAAUCUCUUGCAAUAAUUGGAUGAAAGGGUGAAACAAAACCUGCUUUAUCAAUCUAGACAGGAGCACCAGAAACAAGCUGCUUUGUUGUAAAACUGUUUAUUUUAUUUAGAGGGAAAAAAAACCAGCCAUAACAUUUUAUUGAAAGCAAUAAUCAAAACUUUGUUAUUUCUUUUGGGCCUCAUUGUCUUAAGGAAAAUAAGGGCAUGUUACCUUAUAGACAGCAAUGAUGAUGUUUACAAUAACAAUUUAAGUAUACAUUUUUGUGACAUCACGUAUGAUCUUAUUGAUUUUGCAGUAACGAAUUUACCUUGCAACUUUUUGUAAGUAAAUUUGCAAGUCCAUAUUUAAAUAAAAUUAAAAAUGACGGAUUAAUUUAACAAAAAUAAAUUUUUUCUCUAUUUUGAAAAACAGUUUGUGAAAAUACUGAUUAAUGAAAGCAUUGGUAAAUGAGUUGCCCUGCUCGGAUUGUAAAAAAUUGUAUAUAAAAGUAAAUGUUUUUUUUUCUUAAUAUUAGUAUAAAAUGUUCAUGUCUUUAAAAAUUUGUAUCAAUUACUUUAAUGAAUGCCCAUGAACAAUUUUCUUGUUCCACAUCUGUAUUUUAAACCUCUCCUUCCCACUUUCAACACUAGAAAAUCAGUAUUAUAUGACGAUUCUGUUUUUAAAAUAUUCCCAAACCAGCUUUAUCCGCCUGUUUCUCGUGUAACAUAACUUUUUUUUUUUUCACACUUUAUUAAAAUCACCUUUAAAUGUAUCGUCUUUUCAUAGAAAUUUAAAUUUGUUUAACAACAUUAUUCUUUUCCACUUAAAAGUUCUACCUCUGUUCAUUUUAAAUGUAGGGUUUUUUGCUUGGUUGUCCAAUUUAAAUUUGUUUUAUUAUUAUUAUUUUAUAUUUUUAAUUAACCUACAGUCAAUCAACCAUUGUGAGUUAUUUAUUUAGAUGUGAUUAAUUUAGUAUUAAUUUAUUCCCUGAAAAUGGUUUGUUUUUAUAAAUAUUUUAUCACUGUGCUAAGAUAAGCAAGUUGUUCUUUGUUGUUUUUAAGUUAAACAAUUUGUCUUUUUUUUUUGUGUGGUUCAUACACUUUAUAUAUCUUUUAUAUGUUGACCUUUCAUUUUGUGCAAUUUCUGGUAUAUGUAUAUUAAAAAUGUUUCAACUGCAUUAAUGUUUAAAUGAUCAUGACAUUAAAUUAAAGUUGAGUAAGUUUCUAUUAAGACUGUGGAUAGUGGGGUCACAUUUUUUUUUUUGGUCAUAAAAAUGCUAAUUUCUGUUUUCAAAACUGGAUUAUAAUAAUAUAGGAAAAAAAAUGAAACUCAAUUGUAUUGCUGGCUGUCCAAUAAAGGCUAACAGCCGAGCUAAGUUCCUUUUUUUUAGACAUUGAUUUGAGUUGACGUAAUGAAUCAAUGCUUACGACAACUUUAAUGUUUGAAUUCAUUGAAUCCGUGUUCCGUUAUUUUGAACACAGUUUUAUUGAACAAAGCUCUAAGUUCCUAGCGACACCAUAAAGAUCAGGCUCUAGUUCUCAUCAUUGUUAAUGUCUCUUUAUUCAUGUUUUUUUUGGCCUGGGACCCUCGUGAGUUUAUUCAACACAAGAUAUACCUUAAGGGAGAACUUAAAUAAUUGAAGUAAGUGAAAACAUUAAAUGUAGGGCUUUAACUUGAGCUACCCUUCUCCAUCCUGAGAGAGCAGUUCAUUUCUGCAUGACUAAAUCCAAUAGCACAUUAGCGCAGAUUGCCAUAUUUUUAUGACACAAGAUUUAAUAAGGGUUGGCAGAUUCCCAAGGGGUCCUCUGGAUUUAAAAAAAAGUUUUCUGAUACAUUCUAUUCACACAGCAGACAAAUUCUUGUAAUGUGUGUUGUGAUAACAUUUAGGUCUCUGGCAAGCAUUUAAAAAAAAAUUAAAAAAUUUUAAGGCUAUUACAUAUACCAGCUUAAAAAUAAAAACCGUUUUGGAUUGUACUGAAUACUAUCUUAUGGACAAAAAAAAAUUUUUUUUUUUGGUUAAUAUUUUCAUAAUUUUGUACAAAGAAAAUUUACCGGCACAAAUAUUUAUAAAAGGAAUAUCUUCUUGCAGUGUGUAAUUCACCAAUGUACUUAGGAAUUUUAUAUUUCUCUAAAUCAAAAGAAAAAGACCACAAGCAAAUUACAUGUAUCAAAGGCUGGCUUUGCAAAAUUGUUUUAUUUAUUUUUUUUUGUUCUAGAUGUUUCGUGCUUAUACUUAUAAUAGAUAUUUAAUGUUUUAAAAGAAAUCAAAUGGAGUAGAUGCACUGUGUAAGAAGCAAACUAAGUCCAUGCCUCCCUUUGCAUGUUUUUAAUGAUGUGACUAUGUCAAGGAUUAUGUCUGUUUGACAAGACUUGUGUAAUUCAAAACUUUACUCUGCAUUGUUAGUUAAUUUGGGGAGUAAAAGAAAUUUGCUAAUAUCCAAUCCAGCCUGCAGAAAAAUAGCAUUGAAAACAGAGGACAAAAGUAUUGAACGAGAGGAUUAAGUAUCUUAAAAUAUAUUUAAAAAAACAUAUUGAAUAAUAAUUGCUCAGACUGAUGAUGAGUGUGUUUGUUUUUGAUGUCUGUGGAUUCCACAUUUAGGUGUACAUUUCUGUUGUACAUCAUCAGUGCUGUGUGCAUUGCUGUUGCACAUCGGCGAAAUGUACAUUUAUAUUGUUAUCUGUCAUUCUGUGUGUUUUGGGGUCUAAAUAUGUACUGGUAUCUGAACUCUGCUGUUCAGAAUGGUACCUGAAAACUAGUUGUCUGUCUCAAUGUUUUUUGACUCCUGGGUCUUAGAAACACUGGCGUGUCUGUCUGCAAUGUUUCAGAUGUGUGCCAGAAAAUUUUGAAUAGAGGGGAAAAUAAAUUGAUGGAAACAAAUUUUGUGUGUGGUUGGGUUGGGGGGAGGGGGGGGGUGGUUGUUGGUUCUCUCAAGACCAUUAGAAUGUGGAUUUGUCAAUAUGAAUGCAUGAUUACCAGAAAAUAUUUAGUCAGAUCAUUCAGGGCAAAACAAUAUUUGUUUAUUUUAAAAAAAAAUUGUUUGGGGCUAAUUAACUUAGUUUAAUUGUAUGUGUCUUGAAAAGAGUGUAGGAGCAAUGGAAUGGAGUUUUAAACCUAAUGGCUUUAAUGGGUCCUCGUUCAUGUUGCAGUUAUCUUUACAGAUCCUCGUUCAUGUUGCAGUUAGCUUUACAGAUCCUCAUUCAUGUUGCAGUUAGCUUUACAGAUCCUCAUCGUGUGCUCUGCCUAAGACCUUGUUGUUUUGCUCUUCCAAAUUCAAUGAUAUUUAAUAACUACUUUUUUUUUUUUUAUUAAUAUA